AAACACUUGUGGCGCUGUAAUCAGUUUUGGAUUGUGUGUCUCGCUCGCCUGAAAAAAUUGCGUUUUUCUGUGACUUUCUUGUGAGUUUUCGUCGUGAAAGUGCCCCCAUAUUGUGCCCUACGGCACCACAAAGACUUCCAGAGGGUGCAAUUGAACUGGCUGGAGACACCAAUAGGUGGUAAAGCAGAUGGUUAGUAUCGUAUGACGCACAACUAAAAAUAGCAUCAUUGAGGGGGGAAAGUGAGGUUAUGUGAUAGGGGGGCCUGCUUUGACAUUUGGUAUUUUGUUUCUCACGGAAAAAUUUGGGGAUUUUGGUGUGUUGGGGCACACAGGAAGUGACACAGUGAAUGAUGAACAAGUCGAGAAAUCAACUUGAGCGUCUGAGUAAUGCGGAAGUGGGUCAGUUGUUGGUGCAGUACGGCUUCCCCAAUACACCCGUGACAGCAACAACAAGGAAGGUGCUGAUAUCACGGCUACGGACGCGUAUGCAGCAGGAUCAGGAGAAGCUGCGCAAGGACACAUCGUAUGUGACAAGGUAUUCGAGUGGAGAGGAAUCGGAUCUUGACACAAGCACCCACAGUCGCCAUCAGAUUGACGGGACCUCAUUUGCCCACGGACGCCCGCACAAGUCCACAUCCUUUGGCACAAUGCUCCCGCCCCCAGCUAAAAACAAACGCCACACGGUACAUAGCAACUAUCCCACGGUCAAGGUGCCCAUUCAGCCGCGAAGUGCGGUGUUUGUGCCGCCGCCAAUUGUGGCUCCGGACACGGAUGAGGACUCAGAUAUCCACCUGCCGCCCGACUACAAGCACAACUCGUAUGCCAGCAGCCGCCUGUCGGGAUUCAACUUCCGGAAGCGCUAUACGCCACAGGCGGAUGCUGCAGACGGACAGUACUUAGAUGCUGGAGUGACAUCCAACAGAUUCUCCGGCAUUAACACCUCGUCGUCGUCGAAUGGGCACAAUUCAGCCGAGGAGUCACCAUAUCUUAGUGAUUUCACCAAACGGCUCCUUCGGCUGCGCGGGGAAACCGUGAGCAAGGAAGCAGCUUCUACCAGGAGGAGUCCCAGCAACAGAUAUUUUGGUGUUCAGGUGCCUGAUGUAAAUUCCUCGAGUUCGUCAAUUGACAGCAUUGUCCAUCAUGCCCCAGAGACCCCAACGCUUCCCCGUCACUCAGCGGUUAGCCAUGCGGCACCGCAGAGUGUCCAGACUGCCCUGUCGAAUCUUGUGAGUCGCUUGGAUGAGCAGUAUGGUUUCAAGCAGACUCUCGUGCCAUGCCUCCUCGUGACCACAUUCAUUGUCUUCAUCAUGUUUGUCAUCUUUGCCUAUUUGACCAUCAGUCCUGACCUCGUCAAUACGUUGAGUGCUGAGGUGGCGUCUGUGGAGCUGUGUGGCGAGGGAAUGGGACUAAAGAGGCCAGGGUAUGCGUGCAUUGAACGAGGAGAUGUGGAACCGGCGCUGGAGAUGCUCAAGGCAAUAGCGCCGGAAUUGCAGGCGCGCGUUGAGGGGAAUCGGUGUCGGGAUCCGGGGCGUCCGUUUACAAUGACAGCCAGUGAAGUGAUUCAGCUGGCGUCGAGGCACAAUGAGGGCGUGAGUGUAGGGCGAAUUGUGCAGCAGUUGCACAAUAUGGAGUACCUGAUUGAGCGCAAUCCACAAUGGGGAGUGAAUCAUGUUAAUGCCGAUGGGGAGGCACUGACAUUCGAUGAGGUGGUCCAACUGAGAGAAUCCCGUGGGAAUUGUUUUGGUAUUCUUAAUCCACGUUUGCCACUGAGUUGUCUGUUGCGCAGUAAAAUGCAGAAAUUCUUCCUGAUUGUGGGCACAAUGGCCCUUUUGGGCAUUAUGGUGUAUGCUGGAAAUCUCUUUUGGAAGUUUGUCAUCUAUGUGAAGAGGAUGCGACAGGCCAAAGUGGAUAGGAUGAUUAGUGAAAUCAUUACAGUUCUCAUGGAACAGGCAACAAAUGAAGCUGGUGGAUUGGUUGUGGUGAAUCAUUUGCGUGACAAACUCAUUCCUGUGGCACAGCGAAAGGAAUUGGAUGCAGCUUGGCAGGAGGCUAUUGAGUAUCUGGCCAAGAAUGAGAGUAGAAUUCAAUUUGAGAUGGGAACACGCAAUGGGGAGGAUUGCCGAAUGAUGCGGUGGAUUGAUACAGUUUCACCGUCAUUGCUGCAUCACAGGAAUUCAGCUGGGCCAGGAAGUGUUGGGAAUGCAGUGAAGAAAUGGCAGAGUCCAGCCAUUGAUAAGAGCAACAAAAUCAAGGAUCCACCCACGGAGUGCCUCAAAAUUCGGCACAUGUUUGAGAAAUUCGAGACCAAUAAUCCCAAUCUCAAGACAAUCGUCACGGAUGCCAUUCUCGAGAAGGUGGGCCCCAAGUGUCGAAUCUUGGAUGUGCAGCUGGAGAAGACAGCGUGCUGUGUUUAUGUACGCUGCGAGACGCCCAAGGAUGCUGGGAUUGUUCAUGAUGAGAUCAAUGGUUGGUGGUUUGACAAUCGUCUGGUGUCCAUAAAAUUCCUACGACUGGAGAGAUAUCUGAGUCGUUUUCCAAAAUCUACGGCGGCUCUGGUUCCCCUGAGGCCGUCCAAUACGAAAAAUCUCUCCAUGAGUCAGUGCUUCACGGAGCCACCGGACAACGCCUUUGCCGAUGACGAUGACGAGGACUAGGGCACACAUCUGACCACCAUAAAUCCUAGGUAUCAUCUUUACUUUUAAAUCCAUAUCACGCCCCGCCCCUCUGCCCCAUAAAAACUUUUUUGUCAUUUCAAUCAUCCCAUUUUUUUUUGACCACCAAAACCCCUCGCCCAUCAAGAAGAAAAAAAAAUCAUGCGAAGAAAAUCCUGCCAAAUGUGGCAGAAUGUGCAUUUAAUUUUAGUAGUUCAUGGACAAAAGAAUUCAUCACGAAAAAAAGAGAAAGAAAGAAAGAGAAAUUGUGCAAAAAAACAAAAUGAAAAAUCAACAAGUGCGAGUGGACAAGUGAUGAGAAAUUAUUAUCUCUUUGUAAAAUUUAAUGUUCUUCUUUCUUCCCUUUUUAUCUAUUACAUGUAAACUUCAUUUUUUUUUUAAAUGUCACAUUGCGUUAGAAUUUGUUUUUUUUUAGAGAGCAUAAACAGAAAAGAAGAAGAAGAAGAACGGAGAUUGUAAUAAUUUUAGAAUGAGAAUUUUUUUGACAAGAAAAAAAAGAAAAAAAAAACAAAAUUAAUUCUUAACUCUGUUGCUGCGAGGAACUUUUGAAGAUUUUUAAAUAAAAUUUUUCAAUAACAUGUUUAACGGACAAAA